AUGGCUCCUAAAAACGAGUACAUCUGCAUCAUCCCUGAUAAACCAGGUACACUGGAGACGCGGUUCGCGGUUCGCCCACAACAUCUGGAAAAUAUAAAACCUCUUGUAGAGGCUGGAUUGGUUUUUAUGGGUGGCGCCAUGCUUGAUUCCCACCCUGUGGAAGGUCAAACCCCCCCAGUCAACGGAAGUAUCGUCAUGUAUGUGGGGGAAUCCAAAGACGAGGUUCUGGACCUCAUUAGGAAGGAUAUCUAUACUACGUCUGGAGUGUGGGAUUUGGAUAAAGUGCAGAUUAUCCCGUUUAAAUCUGCUGUGAGGGUGUCGAUGUAG